AUGGGAUGUCUUCUUGAAGAGGAGUUUGUUAUUUUCGACAAUCCGCCGACAGAAGUGCUUCCUUUUUUGAACACUGAUCACAUGAACGAUCGAACUGCAAGCACUAGAAUGAAUUGCAGACGACGUCCAUUGCACACUUGGGGAGUGUCUGCCAUUGCUCUCUCUCACAAAGCUUACAUGAAAACUCAAGAUUUGAAGGAACCGAUUGCUUUAAUGGCGAUAGGGCUUCUAUCGUUAACAGCAUAUAUGGUUUACUGUAUCCUCCAUUGCAUGCAACGUUUCUGGUUGGCCGUCUUCUUCUUCGUCGAUGAUUGUAUCUUGGCACUUGAAAAUAUGGUCGAGACCCUUUUCCCGUCAUCAAAGCACGUUUUCGACAAGGUCGACGCCGCCGUUGAAAUCAUCGAGGCUCUCCCUGGGAAAUUUGAUGAUAUUUUAAACGAAUUCCAGGUGAAAUCAAGCAAGUUCCGUUUCUGGAUUGGGGAUUAUGUCUUGCAAUCUCAUGGUUGA